CGGUAUCAUAUUAUCGCCCAUUCAUUUCUGCAGUCUCUGUUGCCGCUUGACAGAUCAAUUUUUCAGCUAAUCAGACAUCCAGGCAGUUGAGGAGCUUUAGCGUAAACGAUUUGUGACAUUCUCCAGAGAUGGCUACGGUUAUGAUUGGUAACAAUCCUCGAGCGGCGGUCAAAGGGAAUGCAAACCUUAAUGGAUUGUUUGAAUGCUUUAAAAAAUCUGGCUUGACAGACUUUAUACGGUGUCCCGAGGAUAGUUCUACACUGGAUUUUUCUGCGCAGAAUCUUCGAUUUAGAGAACCACAAAUACGCAAGCCUGACUAUAUCUUUAUUCCCGAGGACAAAUACCAGCUGCAAGAAUUUGUGUUUUUACUCGUAAAUUCCAGUCAAAGGUGGCAGAUUCGUGUUCGAUGUGGAGGACACAGCUACGAGGGGCUUUCCUACACUGCCGAUGCUCCUUUCGUUCUUAUCGAUCUUCUAAAGUUGAACAAAGUCAAUGUGGACAGGAAAUCAGAGACGGCCUGGGUAGAAGGAGGCGCAACGUUAGGUGAAGUUUAUUCUGCUGUAGCAGAAAGCUCACCUGAGUUGGCGUUUCCUGCAGGAAUUUGUCACACGGUGGGCUCCGGUGGUCAUUUUGCGGGCGGGGGGAUGGGCUUUCUGGCGAGAAAGUACGGCCUUGCAGCUGACAAUAUAUUGGAUGCCCUCCUGAUAAAUGGGUCAGGGGAGAUGGUGGAUAGAAGCGGAAUGGGCGAAGAUGUGUUUUGGGCCCUGAGAGGAGGUGGCGGUGGCAGCUGGGGAGUUGUUUAUGCCUGGAAAAUUCGGUUGGUGAGGGUGCCUCAAAUUUUAACAACCUUCAAAGUGGUUAAACAUGGUACAGAUAUUGUCACCGAGACAGUGAACAAAUGGCAACACGUUGCUCCCAAAAUGGAGGACAACAUCUUAAUGCAAGUAAAGGUCGACUUCAAUGAGAAAAAAGUAAUCAGAGCCAUGUUCGAAGGAACAUAUCUUGGGCGUAAGAACGAGCUGGUGAAUAAAAUUGCCAACAGCUUCCCAGAGCUUCAAAUGGAGUCGGCAAAUUGUGAAGAAAUGAGUUGGAUAGAGACAAUUGCCUACUUCGAUAAUAACAUCCAAGUCAGCGAAUUGACCAACAGGUAUUAUUACAACAAGACCUACUUCAAAUCGAAGUCAGAUUUCGCCAAGGUCCCUCUUCCAGAGUCCGCGUUGAGAGGACUAUGGAGCAGAAUGCAUAAAGAGCCGCGUGUGUUUACUGUUUUCUUUCCCUUGGGAGGGAUGAUGGACAGGAAACCCUCCAAUGCGACGCCGUUUCCUCAUCGGGCAGGCACAUUGUUCAACAUACACUACAACAUAUCCUGGAGCGAGAGUUGUGAAGAUGAUUACUACCUUAAAUGGAUGAGGGAUCUUUACCAGUACAUGGAACCUUAUGUCUCCCAUUCUCCCAGGGCUGCAUACAUCAACUUUCUUGACCUUGAUCUGGGCACUAGCCACGAUUCUGUUGAAGAGGCCAGAGUUUGGGGUGAGAAAUAUUUUGGUGCAAAUUUUGAUAGGCUUGUUGAUGCUAAAACGCAGGUGGAUCCCGCUAACAAGUUCAAUAAUCCUCAGAGCAUUCCCCCUAGGUGUGUUUAAAAUGUUAAAAAAUAAUGUUUAUACUAUGCAUCUAUCUAUAUCAACAUAAAAUGGCGCUUCUAUGAGCUAUGAUAC